CUAAGAGACUUUGUUACAAUGUACAGUACAGUAGAUAGACUCCACCCUCUCUGCAUUCGAAAAAACUUUAUUUACACUCAACCUCAAGAACAACCCGUCGUUUCAAAACAAACGAUAUUAAUUACUCGGUACAAAAGCUUCAUUCUGCAUGGGACCUAAACAUCACCCACUUACUGUAAGGGUUUGAUUCUAUUUAAGGAAAAGGCUGCAGUAGCUUCUUUUGGGAUAUCACAGUAACUGAGCGGCCAAUGGCAUCAGAGGAGAUGGAGGGUUUGUGCCCAUUACCAGAGGUGACGAGCAUCAAGGUGGAGCCGUCAGUCAGCAUUGGCUCCGCAGAGGAUGCCAACUCACAGAACGCCAUGGGCAUAAAGUUUAUAUUACCCAACCGCUUUGACAUGAACGUGUGCUCGCGCUUUGUGAAGUCACUGAACGAGGAAGAGAGUAAAAAUAUCCAGGACCAGGUGAACUCUGAUCUGGAGGUGGCCUCUGUGUUAUUUAAAGCGGAGUGUAAUAUUCAAACAUCUCCUUCACCUGGUAUUCAGGUUAGGCAUGUUUACACGCCAUCAACCACCAAACACUUCUCUCCAAUAAAGCAGUCCACCACACUCACCAACAAACACCGUGGAAAUGAGGUCUCAUCCACACCGCUGCUCGUUCACUCACUGUCUAUACAUCAGUUGGCGGCACAAGGAGAGAUGGUGUUCUUAGCCAGUCGAAUAGAACAAGAGUCUAUAAUAAACCUGCAGGAUGAGGAGGGAUUCACCCCACUGAUGUGGGCGGCAGCUCAUGGACAGAUCGCUGUGGUGGAGUUCCUGUUACAGAGUGGUGCAGAUCCUCAUCUCUUGGCUAAGGGAAGGGAGAGUGCACUGUCACUGGCCUGUAGUAAAGGGUACACAGAUAUUGUCAGAAUGCUUAUCGACUGUGGAGCUGAUGUCAAUGAGUACGAUUGGAAUGGUGGAGCACCGUUACUCUAUGCAGUGCAUGGUAAUCAUGUUCGCUGUGUGGAAAUCCUCUUAGAGAGUGGAGCUGACCCAACCAUGGAGUCUGACUCUGGGUUCAAUGCUAUGGACAUGGCUGUGGCGAUGGGACACCGAAAUGUCCAACAGGUCUUGGAGGGCCAUCUUUUGAAGCUUCUGCAAGGUAUCAAAGAAUAACCAAAGCAACUACAAGAAUCAGAGUGAAUAUUUGAGUGUUGAUUAUGAAGAAGUGGAGUAUACAAUUUCGCAUGUUUGCUGAACACACUUUAUAUGGAGUUAAUUGUCAUUAGAUGCAAAUGCACAGAUCAACAAACAAAUGGCAAUUGAUGAGAUCAGAACUUCAGCGUUUUGAAUCUACUGAUACAUAUAUGUGGGUUUUAUUCAAUGUAUGUGUGUUUUAGGUCACUGAUUUUUACCUAGUUGCAAUGUGUACUUGAAAAGAUAUUUAUUUUGCCAUUUAAAGCAAAAAAUAAGCUGUUUCACAUUAAACUUGACUGGUAUUAUGAAUGGUUCAUAAAACAAAUCUAAAUCUGGGCACUUUAGAAUCAAUCAAGUGGAAGAGAACAUGGCAAAACAGGUUUAUAAUAAUUUACAGUAAGAGAUGUCCAAAUACCAUUUCAACUGUCACACUUAUUGCAGUUUUUUCCCCAGGUUUUUACACUUUGAAUGCCCUCUUUUAAUGCGAGUUUUGUGCUACAACACUGUAAAUAAACCUUAAUUUAUACACAAGGAUAUGUCUGAAAAACAACUCAUUUAAAAAGAGCUUUAGAAGUAGAAAUCCACUGUAUUUCUAACUUUUUUUAGUAUUAAUUUUCACUUAGAAAUAAUUUGGGUUGAAAAUGAUUUGUUUCAAGUUAACAUCAUGGAGUGAUCUCAUCCCCAAUUACAACAAAAACACAAAACGGUAUUUAAGAAGCCUUUUGUCAAUAGCAAAUGUUUAUUUCCAGAUGUUGAUUCAAAUAGGCUCCAAUGAGUGAGCCUCAGUAACAGGGAAGGUGGAGGCAAAGAUGCCUCUUGGACCGCACAAGCAAACACACUCGUAAAACUGUGCAUGAACUUGUGUGGUACAAACAAUCUCACACUCUCAGCUUGGACACUUGAGGGUCACAGCAGU